AUGUUUGCGGAAGACGUUGAGAAGCUUGUGAAUAACCGACUUCGAGACUUAAAGAUUGGCGGAAACUUCGAAGAGGCACUGCGUGUUGAGGUAGACCGAGAAAACUCCUCACCUUUCACCGCCGAAAUCGUGCAGUCUGCUCCCCCGAAAAGAUUCUCAACACCCUUUUUUACAUGCUUCAAAGGCGAUUCCUAUCCCGAAAGUCAUCUAAAGCAUUUCAAGAGCCUUAUGAUCCUCCACAAAGUCGAAGACGCGUUAAUGUGCAAGGUGUUUGCAAUGACUUUGCGAGGAGCAGCUCAGGAUUGGUUUCAUACCUUGCCAUCCGGGUCGAUCAGCAGCUUCAAGGUGCUUACUUACGUAAUCACUAAAGAAUACACUUCUUAUCGGACGAUCAAGAAGAACCCUGAUCAUCUGUUUAACCUGCCCAAUAUGCCCGACGAAUCCCUUCAAGAUUACAUUAAGAGGUUCAAAGCAGAAAAAGCCAAUAUCGUAGGGUGCAAUGACCAAAUCGCAUCCUCUGCAUUUGAGAAAGGUCUUCCAGCAGAACACGACUUAUACCGUGAGCUGACUAUCACUCCCAGCCAGACUCUGGCAGAGGUCUUCGCAACUGCGGAAUGCUUUGCGCUCUGGGAUGAUGAUCGAAUCGCCGUGAAAAAGUCCACCAAGCAGGAAAAUCGACCGACCAAGCGGGCAGAGAAAAGAAGCGACAUGCUUGGCAGCAGGGACAAAGACAAACGCAAGUCACGCCCACAAGGAGAUGCCAUGACAAAAGAGAACUACACCAAGUUCUCCAUCCCUAUUCAUCAAAUUUUAGCCCAAGUGAAGGACAAACCUUGGGUAGAAAGACCGCCACACUUGAAAGGAGAUCUGGACAAGAGGAAUACCCGGAAGUAUUGUGCCUUCCAUGCGAUGCACGAACAUAAUAGAAAUAAUUGCUUUGCUUGGAAAGCACACCUCGUAGAACUCGUGAGAGCAUGUCACUGUACGGAGUUCAUCGCGAAGCAGGCCAUCCAGCAGAUAGAGGACCGCAAUACCGCCAAGGAACCACCCCAGAAGGUCAUAAGGAUUAACACAAUCUUAGCCGACUCCGAGGAGUCCGGACUAACCAACAAAGAAAAGAAGAGAAAGAUCAAACAGGCCACCAUGAUCUCCCAGGUCUCUACUAGUCUCCCACUGGCAGAAGACGAUCCCGUGAUCGGCUUCCAGAAGAAAGAUCUAAUCAGUCUUGAUCUACCACACAAUGACGCCCUUGUCAUCAGCAUUCAAAUCGCGUGGGCCAUCAUACAAUUGACAGUUAUCCAACAGAUGGGCUUAGAGACAAAGAUCAAUAAAUCAGCCAAGUCGCUGACUGGCUUCAAUGGCGCAACAACAGUUACCGUGGGCACGAUAGAUCUCGACGUCUACUCCCCACCUAUAAUCAGCUCUCAAACGUUCAUGGUUAUUGAUGAAGUCUCACCGUACAAUGGCAUUCUAGGCAGACCAUGGAUCGGCAAGGCCAACGCCAUCACCUCCGCCAUACAUCAGAAGAUUCGCUACCCAAUCCCUGGGGGUCGUAUCGGCCAGAUCAAUAGCGAUCAAGUAAUGACGAGGAAAUGCUCAGCUCAAGGGCUGAAGAAAGGCAAGCAAACACAGUUCCUCCCUGUGAAUCAGGCAGAUCUAAAGGGAGUAGAACAAGCAGAGGAGAAAGCAGAUACCCAAUCAAAGAAUCAGGAUCAAGUCGAGGGAAUCCGUCCAGAGGUCUCUCCUGAAGAAGGAUGGAAGCCCGAGGAGGACGUUGAGCUAGUACCCCUUGAUCCUGAUAAGCCAGAGAGAAAAGCGCGGAUCAGCUCGCGCCUAAGCCAGGAGAAAAAGGCAGAGCUCGCAGCCUUCCUCCAUAACAACAAAGACAUCAUUUGCCAUCGUCUACACGUCAACCCAGCUAUCAAGCUUGUAGCGCAGAAGAGACGCAACUUCGCCCCCGAGCAGGUUGCCAUCAUUGAAGCCGAGAUCGACAAGCUUCUAGCUGUCGAUUUCAUUGAAGAAGUCUCCUACGCAGAAUGGUUGGCGAACGCUGUUCUAGUAGCAAAGAAAGAAAAAGGUUUGUGGAGAGUGUGCAUCGGCUACACCGACCUCAACAAGGCAUGCCCUAAAGACAACUUUCCACUGCCUAGAAUUGAUCAGCUCGUCGAUUCAACUUCCGGCAACCAACUACUAAGCUUCAUGGACGCCUACUCCGGCUACAACCAAAUCACGAUGCAUGAAGACGACAAGGCAAAGACCUCUUUUAUCAUCGAAAGAGGUACAUACUGCUACAAAGUCAUGCCUUUUGGGCUGAAGAACGCCGGAGCAACCUACCAAAGGCUGGUGAACAAAAUUUUCAAAGAGAAAAUCAGCAAGACUAUGGAGGUCUACGUAGACGACAUGCUAGUCAAAGCUCUCGAGCUAGUAGACCACAUCAAGAACCUUGCCAAGGCAUUCAGCCUACUCCAAAAAUACAACAUGAAGUUGAACCUGAGUAAAUGCACGUUUGGAGUCUCGUCCGGCCGAUUCCUGGGAUACUUAGUAACCUAA